AUGAAUAUUCUCUUGAUUUGUGUCGUUUUGUUGAUUAUUCAACAUUCUGUAGUUAGUCUCAAGUGUUACACAUGUCAGGGAGGUGUUGAUGGUUGUGGCACAUCAUUCAAUCCAAAGGCCAGUGGAGUGAUUAUAGUCGAAGAUAGUGGAAAUAUUGUGUGUAAGAAAAUUGUGGCUACUAGUAAUCAAAACGCUGUACAACGAGGCCCUGGUACUACCAGCUGCACAACUUAUACGACGGUCUCGGUAGCAUUUCCACCUACCCCGGCGGCAACUCACUACUGUUGUGAUACAGAUCUGUGCAAUGGUGCUCAAAUCAAAUCGGGCAGUCUGAUACUCGGCUUAGCAUUGGCUACAAUGGCUUUCUUUUACUUCAAAUGA